AUGUAUAACACUCUCAACGCUAGGAAAUUACUAUUUUUCAUAAAUAUAGCAACAUUGACCAUAGUAUUCCAUCCGCUACUAUCAAUUAAAUCUCCGUCCCAAGUCAUUGUGGAAGCAAAAUAUCACACAUACACUCCAACAGAUGUGUAUGAUAAAAAUAUUAAACUCACAUUACUAAACUCCAACAAUGAUGAUGUUGAUAAGGAAUUCGAUGAUUUCAUCAAACGCUUCGAUAAGACUAGUGCCUAUAAUUUGUUGGAUGAAGAGUUGAAAAAUGGGAAUACUAGCACAUCAACUCUUUGGAACAACGCAACCAGUAUUUUAAAUUUCGCCACCAAUUUUGAUAUUAUCUCUCUCAUUUUCCAAAUUAUCACUGCUGUCUUUAUGUUUCACUUGUUAUUUACAGAUUCUCUGGGACAUGAAACGUUUGCCGCAGUAACUUCAUUGAUCGCUUCGUGUAUCUUCUCCUCAUUCUUUCUCGAUUUGAUAUCAUAUGAAAUUGUAUUUGUAAUUCAAUACAUUUCGUUUGCAAUCUUAUGGGUUCUGAUGAUUAAUUCUGAUGCUAAAUGUAACAGAAUGUACGCUAUUUUCUCAUCUUGUUCAUUAAUUGGCGCUGUUUUUUACAACAUAAUCUCAUCAGCACCGUUUUUCCCAAACUCAACUGGACCCGUGGGCUUAGUUCUUUUAUCAGUUGGAUUAGAUCCAAUUCAACAUAUUAUAAUUCUCAGAUUGUUAUAUCUAGCCGUUUUAUACCUAUUAUCUGCCUCAAUCUACCUAAAACUGCCCAGUGUCAUAGUAUCUGGGCCUAGCGAAUCAGAAGAGAUAGAGCAGAGCGAAAAACAAACAACGUUUUUGAUCAGCAUAGUUUGUUGUUGGACGUUAUCCUCGGCCAUUGGAAAAUCGGCAACUUUCUUCUUUCACGGCGAUAAUCCCAUCUCUCCAGAUAACACUUUUCUAACACCUUCACUGGCAGGAUUUAAUGUUACAACUAUAGUUUCUCUAUCUAUUUGGCUUUUUACCAACCUGAUCAUGUGGGAGGGAUAUGGCGUAUGGUAUGGAAAGAAAGAUAUGGUUGUAGAGAGAAACAUUCCCCCUGGAUUUAUCACUGAAAAGUGGAGGGUUUACUCUAGCUCGAGUUAG